CACAAACUAUAGAAACCCUUUCCUUAACCCCUAGCUUGGCCUUUGCAAGGGACACCAUGACUGCAAAUUAUUAUACUAGUGAAAAUUAGUGAGGAUGAUUCUUCUUCUACCUUAUCGGAGAAUAGUAGUAAAUAACUCUAACAACAUAGUGAUGGGCUCCAAAUAUUUUCUCCAUAGGCCUUCCAAUACUUUGCCAACAAUACACAAGACAAUUCCAGUUAUUUUUCAAACCCAAAGACUCCUAUUUUCGACAUUUGCUUCAAAACCCAAUAUAUCUACAAAUAGAGGCCUCUCAUACAGGCCCCAACGAAUUCCUCCACCAGUUUCUGGAGUAAUGGUGGAAGACCCAACGGAGGAAAUUGCGGAGUCAGAACACGUGAUGGCACUGAAGCAGAAAUUGAGCCAGAUUGGAAUAGAUAUUGGUUCUUGUGGACCAGGCCAAUACUCCGGUUUGCUUUGUCCAAUGUGCAAAGGUGGGGACUCAAAUGAAAAGAGCUUAUCUCUCUUUAUUACUCAGGAUGGGCAUGCAGCUACAUGGACAUGCUUUCGAGCUAAAUGUGGAUGGAGAGGUGGUACGCGGGCCUUUGCAGAUGUGAGGACAGCUUAUGCGGAUAUGAAAAAGAUUGGAAAAGUGAAUAAGAAGCACAGACAAAUAACUGAGGAGAGUUUGGGGCUGGAACCUUUAUGUGAUGUGGUAUGCUGAUCUUUCUUUUUGCUGUUAUUUACAUUACCCGAAGUGAAAUUGAAUAAUAUUUCCCAACAGAAGUGUGGUUUUCAGAUUGUCAUUGCAUUCACGUAUCGGAGGGAUGGAGCACUUGUAAGCUGCAAGUAUCGGGAUAUGGCCAAAAAGUUUUGGCAGGAAGCUGAUACAUUAAAAAUAUUUUAUGGUCUAGACGAUAUAAAAGGAGCAAGUGAUAUCAUCAUUGUUGAGGGUGAGAUGGACAAGCUUGCCAUGGAAGAAGCUGGCUUUCGGAACUGUGUGAGCGUUCCUGAUGGGGCACCUCCAUCUAUUUCGGAUAAAGACUUGCCACCUGUAGAUAAGGACACAAAGUAUCAGUAUCUUUGGAACUGCAAAGAGUAUUUAGAAAAGGCAUCUCGCAUAAUACUGGCAACUGAUGGUGAUCCACCUGGCCAAGCAUUAGCUGAAGAACUUGCCCGCCGCUUAGGGAGAGAAAGGUGCUGGCGAGUCACAUGGCCGAAAAAGAGGACUCUAGACCGUUUCAAAGAUGCAAAUGAGGUACUUAUGUAUCUGGGGCCUGGUGCACUGAGGGAGGUUAUUGAAGGUGCAGAGCUGUACCCAAUACAAGGAUUGUUCAACUUUAAAGAUUACUUUACUGAGAUUGAUGCAUAUUAUCACCAAACAAUUGGCUACGAGCUUGGGGUUUCAACUGGAUGGAGGUCCUUAAAUCAACUAUACAAUGUUGUGCCUGGAGAGUUGACUAUUGUUACAGGAGUCCCGAACUCUGGGAAGAGUGAAUGGAUUGAUGCUCUUUUGUGCAAUCUCAAUCACAGUGUUGGCUGGAAAUUUGCACUUUGCUCUAUGGAAAAUAGGGUACGAGAGCAUGCUAGGAAACUUUUGGAGAAACACAUAAAGAAACCUUUCUUUGAUGUGAGAUAUGGGGAAUCUGUUGAACGGAUGAGUGCUCAGGAGUUUGGAGAGGGAAAGCAAUGGCUUAGUGAUACUUUUUUCCUCAUAAGGUGUGAGAAAGAUGGCCUACCAAAUAUUGAUUGGGUUCUGUCACUUGCAAAAGCUGCAGUUUUAAGACAUGGGGUGAAUGGACUGGUAAUUGAUCCAUACAAUGAGCUUGAUCAUCAACGUCCUUCAAGCCAGACUGAAACAGAGUAUGUCAGCCAGAUGCUGACAAAGAUCAAACGGUUUGCGCAACACCAUUCCUGUCAUGUUUGGUUUGUUGCACAUCCAAGACAGUUGCAUCAUUGGGUAGGAGGUCCUCCAAAUCUGUACGAUAUUAGCGGAAGUGCACACUUCAUAAACAAAUGUGAUAAUGGUAUUGUUAUUCACCGAAACAGAGACCCUUCGGCUGGCCCUGUGGAUCAAGUGCAGGUCUGUGUAAGAAAGGUACGGAAUAAAGUUAGUGGAACAAUUGGUGAUGCCUUCUUAUCGUAUGACAGGGCUACUGGUGAAUUCAAUGACAUUGAUGAGGACCCAAGGAAAGGGUAGCAAAUUCUGGAUAUUCCUCCAUUUUGGUACAUAAUGUGUACGAUACUUGACUUGCGAUGAGAGAGGACAGCUCCUACAAGCAAUUAAAGCCAUGUGUGGAAAAUCAGGCAGAAAAAACUCAAAAGUAAUUACCCAUUGGUUGACAUACAUAUAUGUAUCGGAGCAUUGUGGCUAGUGAUGUUCUUCUCUUAAGUGGCUCUUGUAAGAUAAGGUAACAAGCAACAUACUAAGCUGUUGCACCUUAGAGCAUCCUAAUACCCUUGCAGGGCGGCGCGAGAUAGAGAUGUUAAGGUUUUGGAAGUCUCAAUUUUUUCCCCAGGUUCAACUUUUGUAAAUUAUUCAGUAGUGACUUAUGUACGCGGGCUUGAUUCCUAGAGUCAGUGUUUAGGUGAGCAGAUGUCGUAUUCUCAACUUACAAAUGUACGUGUUAUCAUAAAAAAAAUUAUUGUUUGUAUUCUGGAGGAGGCUUAUUUCUGAUAAUCGUUUGUGUUGAGGCGGUUUAUUGGUUCUGUUAUGUUACUCCAUCUGACCAUCUCUUUGUAAAAUUAAUUGGGUUGAUGUACAAAUUGAGAAGAAAAAAUGUUCAAAACAAGAGAGAUUGUAAUG